CAGGGGGUGACGGUGAUCUGUGGCACAUGUGGAUCUACAAAAAAGUUUAAGACAUAAUAGGGAAAGAAAUAUCAAGUUGUUUGCUAGUGUGGAGGAUAACACUUCCGCAACAUGGCUGAAGCGGAAGGAGGAUCUGAGCAAGAUGAUGUUUCAUUCUUGCGCACGGAAGACAUGGUUUGUCUUUCGUGCACAGCCACAGGUGAACGUGUUUGCUUAGCAGCGGAGGGUUUUGGCAAUCGGCAUUGUUUCCUUGAAAAUAUUGCCGAUAAAAACAUCCCUCCUGACCUAUCACAAUGUGUCUUCGUUAUUGAGCAAGCUCUCUCCGUGAGAGCACUGCAGGAGCUCGUUACAGCUGCAGGAUCUGAGACCGAGAAAGAUUCCUUAGGGAAAGGAACAGGAUCCGGUCACAGGACACUACUCUACGGUAAUGCUAUUCUUUUACGCCACCAAAACAGCGACAUGUACUUAGCUUGCCUGUCGACGUCGUCCUCAAAUGACAAAUUGUCCUUCGAUGUUGGUCUUCAGGAGCACAGUCAAGGCGAAGCGUGCUGGUGGACGGUUCAUCCGGCCAGCAAGCAGAGGUCAGAAGGUGAAAAGGUGCGUGUCGGUGAUGAUUUGAUUCUCGUAUCCGUGGCCACUGAGCGAUACUUGCACACCACCAAGGAGAAUGACCAGUCCAUUGUCAAUGCCAGCUUCCACGUUACACACUGGUCAGUUCAACCCUAUGGUACGGGAAUUUCGCGCAUGAAGUAUGUUGGCUAUGUCUUUGGCGGUGAUGUCCUGCGAUUCUUUCACGGUGGUGACGAAUGUCUAACAAUCCCGAGCACGUGGGCAAAUGAACCUGGGCAAAACAUAGUGAUAUAUGAAGGAGGUUCUGUUAUGUCACAAGCAAGGUCCCUAUGGCGCUUAGAAUUGGCUCGUACAAAGUGGUCUGGUGGCUUUAUAAAUUGGUACCAUCCAAUGAGGAUUCGUCACCUAACAACAGGACGUUAUUUGGCUGUUAACGAGAACAACGAACUAUGCUUGCUGGCAAAAGACGAAGCAACAAUUUCAUGCUCAACAUUUUGCUUGCGUCAGGAGAAAGAUGAUCAAAAAAUUAUCCUUGAGGAUAAAGAUUUGGAAAUAAUUGGAUCCCCAAUUAUAAAAUACGGUGACUCAACUGUCAUUGUACAGCACUUAGAGUCGAGUCUCUGGUUGAGCUACAAGAGCUAUGAGACGAAGAAGAAGGGCGUGGGAAAGGUGGAGGAGAAACAGGCUGCCCUGCAUGAGGAAGGAAAAAUGGAUGAUGGUCUGGAUUUCUCACGGUCCCAGGAAGAGGAAUCCAAAACGGCAAGGGUAAUCCGCAAAUGCAGUAGUCUCUUCACGAAAUUUAUCAAUGGUCUUGAAAGAUUGCAAGAACAUCGACGUCACUCAAUAUUCUUUCAAACUGUGAAUUUGUCCGAGAUGGUGAUGUGUCUUGAAGAUCUCAUCAAUUACUUUGCCCAACCGGACGAUGAUAUGGAACACGAAGAGAAGCAAAACAGAUUUCGUGCUCUGCGAAAUCGUCAGGAUCUUUUUCAGGAAGAAGGCGUGUUGAAUUUAAUUCUCGAGGCCAUUGAUAAGAUCAAUGUAAUCACUUCCCAGGGAUUUCUUGCUAGCUUCCUAGCGAGUGAUGAAAGUGGUCAGAGUUGGGAAUUAAUUUCGGGCUAUCUGUACCAAUUACUAGCUGCUAUUAUUAAAGGAAAUCACACCAAUUGUGCUCAAUUUGCCAAUACAAAUCGAUUGAAUUGGCUAUUCUCUCGCCUUGGUUCUCAAGCCUCCAGCGAAGGGUCUGGAAUGCUCGAUGUACUCCACUGUGUCCUUAUUGAUUCACCUGAAGCCUUGAAUAUGAUGAGGGAUGAACACAUUAAAGUGAUUAUAUCCUUGCUGGAGAAACAUGGUCGUGAUCCAAAGGUCCUUGAUGUCCUUUGCUCCCUUUGUGUGGGUAAUGGUGUAGCUGUGAGAUCGUCACAGAAUAAUAUUUGUGACUUUCUUCUGCCCGGAAAGAAUCUUCUCCUUCAGACGCAACUUGUUGAUCAUGUGGCCAGCAUUCGACCAAACAUAUUUGUAGGUCGCGUCGAGGGGUCUGCAAUGUACCAAAAGUGGUAUUUUGAAAUAACAAUGGAUCACAUUGAGCAGACAACCCACAUGAUGCCACAUCUACGAAUUGGUUGGGCCAAUACAUCGGGAUAUGUCCCAUACCCCGGAGGUGGUGAAAAAUGGGGUGGAAAUGGCGUUGGGGAUGAUCUCUACUCAUUCGGCUUCGACGGUGCACACCUGUGGACAGGUGGACGCAAAAUUGCCAUUGUAUCGGCUGAACUGCAGGAGCCUUACAUCCGGAAGGGUGAUGUAAUUGGAUGCGCCCUGGACUUAACAGUGCCAAUAAUAACAUUUACAUUCAACGGGGCUAGAGUUCGUGGGAGCUUCCGGAAUUUCAAUCUCGACGGCAUGUUCUUUCCCGUACUCAGUUGUUCUUCCAAAUUGAGCUGUCGCUUCCUUCUCGGUGGUGAUCAUGGGCGCUUGAAAUUUGCUCCACCACUGGGAUUUUCACCGCUCGUUCAGUGCCUUAUGCCACAUCAAGUACUUAGCCUCGAUCCUUGCUUCUACUUUGGCAAUCUCAAUAAGAAUGUUCUAGCGGGACCGUGGCUCGUUGAGGAUGACACCCCCUUUGUGCCACAGCCCGUUGAUACAACCAAUGUCGGUCUACCGUCAUUUGUGGAUACGAUUAAGGAUAAAUUAGCGGAGAAUAUUCACGAAAUGUGGGCUCUCAAUAAAAUUGAAGCUGGAUGGUGCUGGGGGGAAUACCGCGACGACUUGCACAAAAUCCAUCCAUGCCUAACGCAAUUUGAACGCCUACCGGCUGCAGAGAAGCGCUACGACUGCCAGCUAGCUGUACAAACGCUAAAGACAAUCAUUGCUCUUGGAUACUACAUUACAUUGGAUAAGCCUCCAGCGAGAAUUCGACCAAUUCGUCUACCGAAUGAACCCUUUAUGCAGGCAAAUGGCUACAAGCCCGCCCCAUUGGAUCUCAGUGCUGUAACUUUAACACCCAAACUCGAGGAGCUCGUUGAUCAAUUGGCUGAGAAUACGCACAAUUUGUGGGCAAAGGAGAGAAUCCAGCAGGGAUGGACGUAUGGUCUCAAUGAAGAUUCAGAAAAUCACCGUAGCCCCCAUUUGGUGCCCUAUGCGAAAGUUGAUGAAGCCAUAAAGAAGGCAAAUCGGGAUACGGCUUCGGAAACUGUACGAACCCUCUUGGUGUAUGGGUACAAUCUUGACCCACCAACAGGUGAGGGCAAUGAAGCUCUUCUGGCUGAAGCACAACGACUGAAAUUCGCUGCAUUUCGAACGUAUCGAGUUGAGAAGAACUACGCCGUUACAUCGGGAAAAUGGUACUUUGAAUUUGAAGUACUUACUGCCGGCCCAAUGCGGGUCGGUUGGGCUAGAGCUGACUGCAAUCCAGGAACGAUGCUUGGAAAUGAUGACAGUACAUGGGCCUUUGAUGGAUACAAUGAAGAAAAAGUAUCGGGGGGCUCAACAGAGUCCUUUGGCAAACAGUGGGUUCCUGGCGAUGUCGUUGGUGUCUUCCUUGAUUUGGUGGAUCACACCAUCAGUUUCUCUCUGAAUGGAGAACUGUUGAUGGAUGCAUUGGGUGGUGAAACAACAUUUGCUGAUGUAACCUCCGAUGGUGUUGGCUUUGUUCCAGCCUGUACUCUUGGGGUGGGACAAAAAGCUCGAUUGAUUUAUGGGCAGAAUGUUGAUUCCUUGAAGUGGUUCACAACGUGUGGUCUUCAAGAGGGCUACGAACCAUUCUGUGUAAAUAUGAGAAGACCUGUAACGCAUUGGUACACGAAGGAUCAACCAAUUUUCGAGAAUACCGAAGACUUUAUUGAUUGUCGCAUUGAUGUUACGAGAAUUCCAGGAGGUGCUGAUACACCGCCAUGCUUAAAAAUCUCCCAUAAUACUUUCGAAACAAUGGAGAAAGCCAAUUGGGAAUUCCUUAGGCUAUCACUGCCAGUUAUUUGCCAGAGUACAUUUAUUACUGAAAAUGAGAAAAUGCGCCGAUGGGAAGAGAUCAAGAUGCGCCAAAAUCGCAUCUUAGCUGAAGCUGAACAAACAACUCCUGCACAUUUUGAUCAUAUAAUGCGUAGUGGCUUCACCAUGAAUGAUAUCAAGGGCCUACAUAGGAAUUACAAUGAAGAUGCUGCGGAGGCAGAUGAACAAAUGCUACGUCCAAACCCAUCAAGACCACCGAGGAAGGGAUCCCUUUCGCGUGGUAGCAUUGCUGCAUACGACCCACCAAGUAUUGAGAUUAAUUCAAAGAUUCAGAGGUCAACAAGUGAAUUGGAUAUGAAUGCCUACGGUGAGAUUGGCGAUAAGGAUGAUAAGAAGAAGCGUGGCAGGAGUCCGUUUAAAUUCUUCUCAAAGAAACGUGAUCAGAGUAAGGAUAAAUUGAAGGCAAAGACCCCAGAACCAGCUGACCGGAGAAGUACUCAGGGAAGAAAUGUUAUUCAAUCGCAAACAAUGACAAGAGCUCCAACGGUCAGAGUGUCUAAUGCUGAUUUAAGAGUUCAACCACCUGCAGUGCCAGAUCGUCCGAAAACAAUGACCGUGAAUUCUUUGGGUGGUAGCCCAAUUGAGGCAGUUGGCAAUGAAGUCUAUGAUUCAGAAUGUCUCAAGCUGAUCAAUGAAUAUUUCUACGGUGUACGAAUCUUCCCGGGUCAAGAUCCUACGCACGUGUGGAUUGGCUGGGUAACCACACAAUAUCACAGGCACAGCAAUGAAUUUAAUCAGCAAACUGUUCGCCGUAUCUCCGUAACAAUGGAAGAUGAUUACGGAAGUAUUGCAGAUCAGGUGAAUCGACAGAGUUGCUACAUGGUGCGUUCGGAUGAAUUGUUCAACGAAGUGACUCAGGAUGCAUCGGGGAAGGGUGCAUCUCAGGGUAUGUUUGUGGGGUGCUUCGUUGAUACGGCAACGGGUACAAUUAGAUUUACGUGCGAGGGUAAGGAAACCUCCCAUAAAUGGGUCAUGGAACCCGAUAUGAAACUCUUUCCGGCUAUUUUUGUGGAGGCUACAAGUAAGGAAGUGCUCCAAAUUGAAUUGGGUCGUACCCCAACUACCCUACCAUUGUCAGCUGCUGUUCUACCAACCGGGGAUAAGCAUGUUAAUCCCCAAUUUCCACCAAGACUAAAGGUGCAAUGCCUAAAGCCACAUCAAUGGGCUCGUGUGCCCAACAAUGCCCUCCAAGUUCAUGCGCUGAAACUCUCCGACAUACGUGGUUGGUCUAUGCUAUGUGAAGACCCCGUAUCCAUGCUGGCUCUUCACAUUCCCGAGGAGGAUCGUUGCAUUGAUAUUCUGGAGCUCAUUGAAAUGGAUAAACUUCUCUCCUUCCACUCACAUACUCUAACACUCUACGCAGCACUUUGCUACCAAUCGAAUUAUAGAGCUGCUCACGCCCUAUGCCUUCAUGUGGAUCAAAAGCAACUACUCUAUGCCAUCAAGUCCGAAUAUAUGAGUGGUCCUUUGCGUCAAGGUUUCUAUGAUCUUCUCAUUGCACUACAUUUGGAAUCUCACGCCACGACCAUGGAAGUCUGCAAAAAUGAAUACAUCAUCCCACUUGGGCCAGAAUUGGCGGAACUGUACAAAGAUACUGAAAUGUGUCAUUCACUGAGGUCAAUUACGACUGAAUCAGUAAGGCCACAGAUGAAAAUGACUGAAAUUGCCUCCCCUUUGCCAAAUGUACCAAUAGUAGUGGCCAAUGGUGUUUCCAGUGAGCCUAUACCGACGAUUGAUGCCCUGUAUUCACCACGCUUCCCAUUAGAAGUCGUCAGGGAAUUUGUAAUGGAAGCCCUAGCAGAAGCCGUUGAGAUCAAUCAAGUACACAAUCGGGACCCAAUUGGUGGAUCUAAUGAAAAUUUAUUCCUGCCAUUGAUAAAGCUAACGGAUCGUCUUCUUCUUGUGGGAAUACUGACGGAUCAAGAUAUUGAGAAACUCUUGAUAAUGAUCAAUCCAGAGACAUGGGACAGCAACUUCGACAAGGAGGGCAAAGAUGAGCACCGAAAGGGUCUUUUAACGAUGAAAAUGGCCGAAGGGGCUAAGCUUCAGAUGUGCUACCUACUCCAUCAUCUCUGUGACAUCCAGUUGCGACAUCGUGUUGAGAGUAUAAUUGCAUUCUCAAAUGGAUUUGUUGGUGAUCUACAGGCUGAUCAGUUGAGGCGUUAUAUUGAGAUAAAGCAAUCUGAUCUCCCGAGUGCUGUGGCUGCGAAGAAAACGCGUGAAUUCAGAUGUCCUCCGCGUGAACAGAUGAAUGCCAUUCUAAGUUUCAAAGCUCUCGAGGAUGAUGAUAUUGAAAAUUGCCCAUGUGGUGUUGAAUUGCGGGAUGCACUCAAUGCAUUCCAUGCUCAACUUAUGUACACUGUAUCCCUCAAUGCUCUUCAGGAUUCAGAGGCAGAAGAUGCUGGGGCAGCGGAUACUGGAAAGUCCGGACCACUAUCGAAGAUAUUUAACUUUAUCAAUACAGUUAAGGAGCUAGAAGAGGAGCCGGUGGAAAAGGGUGAACCAGUUAAGAAGACUCCUGAAGAAAUAUUCCGAAAAGUCCUCAUUAAGACUAUCGUGUCCUGGGCAGAGGAAUCCCAAAUUGAGACACCGAAGCUCGUGAGGGAGAUGUUUAGCCUCCUGGUGCGACAGUAUGAUACUGUUGGUGAGCUAAUUAAAGCUCUGGAGAAGACAUAUGUGAUCAACAGUAAGACGAAGAAUGAUGUUGCCGGUAUGUGGGUGGGUCUCAGUCAGAUACGUGCCCUUCUACCGGUACAGAUGAGUGAGGAGGAAGAAAAAUUAAUGAGAACGCGCCUGUGGAAGUUGGUGAAUAAUCACACAUUCUUCCAACAUCCAGACUUGAUUCGUAUUCUAAGGGUGCACGAGAAUGUAAUGGCCGUUAUGAUGAAUACCCUUGGGAGAAGGGCUCAAGCGCAAAGCGAUGCACCAGUACAGAGUGAGGGUGGUGAACAACCAGUUAAGGAGAAGGAUACAUCCCAUGAGAUGGUUGUUGCAUGUUGUCGUUUCCUCUGCUACUUCUGUCGCACAAGUCGUCAAAAUCAGAAAGCAAUGUUUGAUCAUUUUGAUUUUCUCCUGGAGAACUCCAAUAUUCUCCUUUCGCGACCAAGUUUGCGUGGUUCAACACCACUUGAUGUUGCAUACUCCAGCUUAAUGGAAAACACUGAAUUAGCUCUUGCUUUAAGAGAGCACUACUUGGAGAAGAUUGCUGUCUACCUAUCCAGGUGUGGUUUGCAAAGUAAUUCAGAGCUCGUGGAGAAGGGUUAUCCGGACUUGGGAUGGGAUCCCGUUGAGGGUGAAAGAUAUUUGGACUUCCUCCGUUUCUGCGUUUGGGUGAAUGGUGAAAGUGUUGAGGAGAAUGCAAACUUAGUUAUUCGCCUAUUGAUCCGUAGACCUGAAUGCCUUGGUCCAGCUCUACGUGGGGAAGGUGAAGGUCUUCUCAGGGCUAUAAUUGAUGCAAAUAAAAUGUCCGAGAGGAUUGCUGAUCGUCGUAAGCUGCAAGAUGAGGCAGAAGGAACAAUGUCUGGCUUAUCAUUCAACCAUCCUCUACCUGAAAGUGAUGACGAUGAAGAUUACAUUGAUACUGGCGCUGCCAUAUUAUGCUUCUACUGCACCCUUGUUGAUCUCCUUGGACGCUGUGCUCCGGAUUCUUCUGUAAUUGCACAGGGGAAGAAUGAAUCGCUUAGGGCUAGGGCCAUCUUGCGAUCACUUGUACCACUGGAAGAUCUUCAAGGUGUUCUCAGUCUAAAGUUUACGCUACAAAAUCCAGCUCCUGGUGAAGAGAAACCUAAAUCAGAUAUGCCUUCUGGGCUUAUUCCUGGACACAAACAGAGUAUCGUCAUGUUCUUGGAACGUGUCUACGGCAUUGAAACCCAGGAAUUAUUCUACAAACUACUCGAGGAAGCCUUCCUGCCUGAUCUUCGUGCUGCCACAAUGCUCGAUCGGAAUGAUGGCUCUGAAAGCGAUAUGGCUCUUUCAAUGAAUCGCUACAUUGGAAAUUCAAUUCUACCUUUACUUAUUCAACAUUCUAAAUUCUACAAUGAAGCAGAAAACUACGCAAGUCUUCUUGAUGCUACACUUCACACAGUUUAUCGCCUUUCGAAGAAUCGAAUGCUUACAAAGGGACAACGUGAAGCUGUUUCUGAUUUUCUUGUUGCCCUCACAGCACAAAUGCAACCAUCUAUGCUCCUCAAGUUAUUACGUAAGCUCACUGUUGAUGUGUCUCGCCUUUCGGAGUACACAACUGUGGCACUUCGCCUUCUAACACUGCACUAUGAUCGGUGUGCCAAGUACUAUGGGUCAAGUGGAGGGCAGGGUGCUUAUGGGUCUUCUUCUGAUGAGGAAAAAAGACUCACAAUGCUUCUGUUCUCAAAUAUCUUUGACUCCUUGAGCAAUAUGGAUUAUGAUCCUGAGCUGUUUGGUAAGGCGCUACCAUGCCUAAUUGCCAUUGGGUGUGCUCUACCGCCUGACUAUAGUUUAUCAAAGAAUACCGAUGAGGAUUUCUAUGGGAAACCCGCUUCAACAUCGGCUCCAGAUCAGCCACAAUACAACCCACAGCCAAUCAAUACGAGUGCCGUAGUACUUGACAAUGAUCUGAAUUCCAUUGUACAGAAAUUCAGUGAGCACUACCACGAUGCUUGGGCGAGUCGGAAACUUGAGGCUGGAUGGUCAUAUGGUGAGCAAUGGUCAGACAGCCAAAAGUCUCAUCCUCGCCUAAAGCCCUACAAUAUGUUGACUGACUAUGAGCGUGAACGGUAUAAGGAACCAGUUAGGGAGGCUCUCAAAGCACUCCUUGCACUAGGAUGGACUGUUGAACAUGCCGAAGGAGAUGUUCCACUAUCGCAUCGUGGUUCAACAAGGAGAACAUCAAAACCUAAUCUUGAAUUUCAGGGUGACUCAUCAUCACCAUUUAAUUACAAUCCUCAACCAAUUGAUAUGACUAACUUAACGCUAAGUCGUGAAAUGCAAAAUAUGGCAGAGAGACUUGCAGAGAAUUCUCACGAUAUCUGGGCAAAGAAGAAGCGUGAAGAGUUGAAUACAUGUGGUGGGGCAAUUCAUUCACAACUUGUACCAUAUGAUUUACUAACGGACAAGGAGAAGCGCAAGGAUCGAGAGAGAUCUCAGGAAUUCCUCAAAUAUAUGCAAUAUCAGGGAUACAAGUUGCACAAACCAUCUCGUGGUUUGUCCGUUGAUGGAGAACAGGCUGGUGGUGGUCCAGCUAUUGAACUCAGAUUUGCCUACUCGCUUCUGGAAAAGUUAAUUCAAUACUUGGACAGAGCUACAAUCAACAUGAAACUACUGAAACCAUCAACAACUUUCAGUCGUAGGAAUUCCUUCAAGACAAGUAGCAGAGAUAUUAAAUUCUUUUCAAAAGUUGUUCUACCUUUGAUGGAAAAAUACUUUUCUACUCAUCGAAACUACUUUAUAGCCGUUGCAACGGCAACCAAUAAUGUUGGAGCAGCAUCUCUCAAAGAGAAAGAAAUGGUAGCUGCCCUGUUCUGCAAGUUAGCGAGCUUGUUGCGCUAUCGAUUGGCAGCUUUUGGUCCAGAUGUUCGCAUCACAGUCCGAUGCCUUCAAGUCUUGGUUAAGGGUAUUGAUGCGAAGUCUUUGGUGAAGAAUUGUCCCGAAUUUAUUCGUACAUCAAUGCUGACAUUCUUCAAUAACACCGCAGACGAUCUUGGACAAACCAUUGUUAAUUUGCAAGAAGGAAGAUAUAGUCACUUGCGAGGAACACACUUGAAGACAUCAACAUCUCUAGCUUAUGUGAAUACGGUGAUCUUACCCGUUUUAACUGCAAUGUUUGAUCACUUAUCUGCCUGUGAAUAUGGAUCAGAUCUACUAUUGGAUGAAAUUCAAGUUGCUUCCUACAAGAUUUUAGCAUCACUGUAUACUUUGGGAACAGAUGCUAGCCUUACUCAUGAUAGGAAGUACCUAAAAACGGAAAUUGAACGACAUAAACCAAGUCUCGGAUCGUGUUUAGGAGCUUUCAGUUCAACGUUCCCAGUUGCAUUCUUAGAGCCUCAUCUCAAUAAGCACAAUCAAUUUUCUCUACUCAAUCGAAUUGCAGACCAUUCUUUAGAAGCUCAAGAUAUAAUGGUGAAGAUGGAGGCUUCUAUGCCCAAUCUUGAAGCAAUUCUUCAAGAAGUUGAUCAAUUUGUUGAAUCUGACAAGACAUACAAUGAUGCUCAACAUAUUAUUGAUGUUAUACUGCCACUUCUCUGCGCUUACCUACCUUUCUGGUGGGCUCAAGGACCUGACAAUCUUACACCAACUACAGGGAAUCACGUGACUAUGGUAACGGCAGAUCAUAUGAAUCAGCUACUUAAGAAUGUCCUGAAGAUGAUUAAGAAAAAUAUUGGGAAUGACAAUUCCCCAUGGAUGACGAGGAUUGCAGCCUAUACACAGCAGAUCAUUAUUAAUAGCUCGGAAGAAUUGCUAAAGGAUCCCUUCUUACCGCUAGCUGAACGUGUACGUAAACGUACCGAUAAUAUGUUCCACAAGGAAGAAAGUCUUCGGGGUUUUAUAAAAUCCGCAACGGAUGAUACAUCGCAAGUUGAAGCACAAAUUCAGGAAGAUUGGCAACUUCUUGUACGAGAUAUUUACUCUUUUUACCCGUUACUUAUAAAAUACGUGGAUUUGCAGAGGAAUCACUGGCUAAAGAAUAACAUCCCGGAAGCUGAGGAGUUGUACAAUCACGUAGCGGAGAUUUUCAAUAUUUGGUCCAAGAGUCAGUACUUCCUGAAGGAGGAACAAAAUUUCAUAUCAGCCAAUGAAAUUGAUAAUAUGGCACUCAUCAUGCCAACGGCAACGAGACGAACGCAGGUUAUUUCUGAGGGGCAACAGAAUACUGGGGGGAAGAUAAAGAAGAAAAAGAAGGAUCGAAGUAAGAAACGUGACAAGGAUAAGGAGGUUCAGGCAAGCUUAAUGGUUGCCUGCUUGAAGCGUCUCCUCCCGGUUGGCUUGAAUUUGUUUGCCGGGCGUGAGCAAGAAUUGGUGCAGCAUUGCAAGGAUCGGUAUUUGAAGAAAAUGCAAGAGUACGAUGUAAUUGAGUUUGCUCGUACGCAGCUAACACUACCGGAUAAACUCGAUCCAGCUGAUGAAAUGUCUUGGCAGCACUAUUUGUACUCAAAACUUGGGAAGAAAGAAACGGAAAUUGAUGAAAUUGUAGAAAAAUCCAAAGCUUCAGACGAUAAGAAGCCCGAAAAUAAGAUUGAUGAUACAGUUGAUAGGAUUGUAGCAAUGGCUAAAGUUCUCUUUGGACUACAUAUGGCAAAUCGCCCAAAGCAGCGAUCUGAUAAAUGGCAACGUAUUGUGUCACUGGCCAGAAGAAAAUCCGCCCUUGCUUGCCUUAAAGCUAAACCUUUGUAUAAGCUGAGCAGACACCGGGCUUGUAAUAUUUUUGCACGAACCUACCAUGAGCUAUGGCUACAGGAUGAAAAUGCUGGUCAAGAAAUUAUGAUUGAGGAUCUAACGCAAUCAUUUGAGGAUGCUGAGAAGGCGAAGAAGGAUGCAGAGGAGGAAGAAAGCAAGCCCGAUCCACUAACUCAACUUGUUACAACCUUCUGUCGUGGUGCCAUGACAGAACGCAGUGGGGCUCUUCAGGAGGAUGCCCUCUACAUGUCUUAUGCACAAAUUGCCGCAAAAUCAUGCGGAGAAGAAGAAGAGGAGGGUGGCGAAGAAGAAGGCGGUGGUGAAGAGGGUGAAUCAAGUGGGGCAAGUAUUCAUAAAAACACAAUGGAAACCCUUAUGGAGCAAGAAAUGGAGAAGCAGAAGCUUCUUUUCCAUCAAGCUAGACUUUCAAAUCGUGGUGUAGCUGAGAUGGUUCUUCUUCAUAUUUCGGCAUCAAAGGGUGUACCAUCGGAAAUGGUCAUGAAGACCCUUGAAUUGGGAAUAGCCAUUCUCCGCGGUGGUAACAUCGACAUUCAAAUGGGAAUGUUAAAUCAUCUCAAGGAGAAAAAGGAUGUUGGCUUCUUUACGUCCAUUGCUGGUCUAAUGAAUUCCUGUAGUGUAUUGGAUUUAGAUGCAUUUGAGAGGAACACUAAGGCAGAAGGUUUGGGAGUUGGAGCUGAAGGUGCAGCAGGAGAAAAAAAUAUGCACGAUGCUGAAUUUACGUGUGCCCUCUUUAGAUUCAUCCAAUUGACAUGUGAAGGGCAUAAUUUAGAAUGGCAAAACUACCUUAGAACCCAGGCAGGUAAUACUACAACAGUCAAUGUGGUUAUCUGUACUGUGGACUACCUAUUGCGACUUCAGGAAUCAAUUAUGGACUUCUAUUGGCACUAUUCCAGCAAGGAAAUUAUUGAUCCCGCCGGGAAAGCAAACUUCUUCAAAGCAAUUGGGGUAGCAAGUCAAGUUUUCAAUACACUCACUGAGGUCAUUCAGGGUCCGUGUACCCUCAAUCAGCAGGCAUUAGCACAUUCGAGAUUGUGGGAUGCCGUUGGUGGUUUCCUCUUUCUCUUUUCGCACAUGCAAGACAAGUUGUCGAAGCAUUCAAGUCAAGUGGAUUUGCUGAAGGAGCUACUCAAUCUGCAGAAGGACAUGAUCACCAUGAUGUUGUCCAUGCUUGAGGGAAAUGUUGUCAAUGGUACCAUUGGAAAGCAAAUGGUGGACACACUCGUGGAGUCAGCGUCGAAUGUUGAAUUGAUCCUCAAAUACUUCGAUAUGUUCCUCAAACUCAAGGAUCUCACAUCAACACCCAGUUUCCAGGAGAUUGAUCCCAAUGGUGAUGGGUGGAUUAAUCCAAAAGAUUUUCAGGAUAAAAUGGAACAACAAAAGAGCUACACCCCUGAGGAAAUUGAAUUCUUAUUGGCUUGCUGUGAGACAAAUCAUGACGGGAAAAUUGAUUAUAUUGACUUUGUCGAUCGCUUCCAUGACCCAGCUAAAGAGAUUGGUUUUAAUUUGGCUGUUCUUCUGACAAAUCUAUCGGAGCACAUGCCCAAUGAACCAAGGCUUGCUCGAUUCCUGGAAACCGCUGGAUCUGUUCUGAAUUACUUUGAGGCGUUCCUUGGUAGAAUUGAGAUUAUGGGUAGUUCAAAGAGGAUUGAGAGAGUCUACUUUGAAAUUAAGGAAUCCAACAUUGAGCAAUGGGAAAAACCGCAAAUUAAGGAAUCAAAGAGAGCUUUCUUCUAUUCAAUUGUAACAGAAGGUGGUGACAAGGAGAAGCUGGAGGCAUUUGUGAAUUUCUGCGAAGAUGCCAUCUUUGAAAUGACCCAUGCUUCUGCACUAAUGGCAACUGAUGAGGGUGGUGCAAGUGUCCGAAGGGAAGCAUCAUUCAGUACCUACAUCAGCGAAGAGGAGGAAGAGAAAGCUGCCAAGGAUCCAAUCAAGAGAACAGUACAAGGUUUCAAAGACGGCUUCUGGUUCAUUUUGCAUUUCUUCAGUGUUUCCAACAUAAAGCACCAAAUAGCUGUUGCACAAACAAAAUCCAUCCCGGAGCUGUUUGUGGGAUUCUUCAAGAUGAUUUUCUAUGCUUUCUACUACUCAGGCUAUGGUGUUGCUCUUAUUGUGAAGUACUUCCUCAAUGUUUUGAUGUCUCUAAUGCGUGGAUCGGGUACUGAGGAGGCUGAACCCGAACCCGUACCUGAGGCAACGGGAUUAAUGCGAGCACUACCGGCACUACCGCAAGAGGAGCCCCCGGGGACGGUACAAGCAUUCGGAUUAGAUAUAAGUAAGGAAGAGAAUGGGCAAUACAAAUUGGCACCGCAUGAGUCUCCCGCAGCAAGUCCAUCGUCAUCAAUGGAGGAAACUGGGGAGAGUAGUCCAGAGGAUGCAGCUGCAGCAGGUGAACAUGCUACGGAAGAGGGUCAAGAGCCACCGAUUACCCUUGUAGAUCUCCUUGGUGGUGAGGCAGCUAAGAGAGCUGCUCAGGAACGUUCGGAAGCACAGAAACUUCAAGAAGCUGCAAUGGCAACCAUUGAGGCGGAAAGUAAGAAAUCCUCAGCAGAACCCAAAGAACCGGCUGCAGUUACGCAAAUUGACUUCUCACAGUACACCCACAAGAUAGUGAGCUUUCUCGCACGGAAUUUCUACAAUCUCAAGUAUGUGGCACUGGUGUUGGCGUUCUGCAUCAACUUCAUGCUACUCUUCUACAAAGUCACGACAUUCGGGGAAGAUGAAGGUGGUUCUGGGGAAGGUGAACUUGAUAUGGAAUUCGGCUCAGGGGGUUCGGGAUCUGGACUUGGGGCUCUACUGGAAGGUAGUGGUCUCGAUAUGGACGGCGAAGGGGGUGAAGAGGAAGAUCCAUUGGAAUCGGUGCAUGUUGAUGAAGACUUUUACUACAUGGAACAUGUCCUGCGAAUAGCUGCUUUCCUCCAUAGUACAGUCUCCCUUGCAAUGUUGAUUGCCUACUAUCACCUAAAGGUUCCUUUGGCUAUUUUUAAGCGUGAAAAGGAGAUUGCACGACGCCUGGAAUUCGAUGGACUCUUCAUAGCUGAGCAACCAGAAGAUGAUGAUAUAAAGUCGCAUUGGGAUAAACUUGUUAUAUCAGCUAAAUCCUUCCCCGUCAACUACUGGGAUAAGUUUGUGAAGAAGAAGGUGCGGCAGAAGUAUAGUGAAACGUAUGAUUUUGAUUGCAUAUCGAAUCUUCUGGGGAUGGAGAAGUCAGCAUUUACGGCACAAGAAGCUGAAGGAGGUGGUCUCGUUCACUACAUCGUCACCAUUGAUUGGCGCUAUCAGAUUUGGAAGGCGGGUGUAACAAUAACUGACAAUGCCUUCUUGUACUCCCUUUGGUACUUUACCUUCUCAAUCUUUGGUAAUUUCAACAAUUUCUUCUUCGCUGCUCACCUAUUGGAUGUUGCCGUUGGCUUCAAGACCCUGCGCACAAUCUUGCAAUCUGUCACCCACAAUGGCAAACAAUUGGUGCUAACGGUGAUGCUGCUUACGAUCAUCGUGUACAUUUACACGGUUAUUGCCUUCAAUUUCUUCCGCAAAUUCUACGUGCAGGAAGAAGAUGAGGAAGUGGACAAGAAGUGCCACGAUAUGCUCACUUGUUUCGUCUUCCAUCUGUACAAGGGUGUACGAGCUGGUGGUGGGAUAGGUGAUGAAAUUGGUGAUCCAGAUGGUGAUGACUACGAAGUCUAUCGCAUCAUCUUCGACAUCACAUUCUUCUUCUUUGUCAUUGUCAUCCUUCUGGCCAUCAUUCAGGGUCUCAUUAUUGAUGCCUUCGGUGAGCUCCGUGAUCAAUUGGAGUCAGUUAAGGAGAAUAUGGAGUCAAAUUGCUUCAUAUGUGGCAUAGGGAAGGAUUACUUUGACAUAGUACCGCAUGGCUUCGAUACGCACGUCCAGAAGGAACACAAUCUAGCCAAUUACAUGUUCUUCCUUAUGCAUCUAAUUAAUAAACCCGACACGGAGUAUACGGGUCAGGAGACCUACGUGUGGAAUAUGUAUCAACAGAGAUGCUGGGACUUCUUCCCCGUUGGUGAUUGUUUCAGGAAGCAAUAUGAAGAGGAAUUGGGUGGUGGUAGUGGUGGGUAAAUUCCCACCAAAAAUUCCACACAAUUCACUUUUUCUUUUUUUUUCGUUUUCAAUUCAUUCAUUCAAUUUAUAUACAAUUUUAUUGGGAAUGUUGUAUUCAUGAUGAACAUUUCAUGUGUAUAGAUUUUGUUUUUAAUCAAUAAAAAGAAAGUUCUAUAUUUCAGUUAUAUACAUAA